AGAAACCUGCCUCGAGCAAUCAUCGUGAGUGUCUCAAGCGUCAUCGUCAUCUAUGCACUCACCAACAUCGGUUAUCUCUCAGUGAUGACUACAACUGAACUUUUGGACGCUGACGCUGUAGCUGUGUUAUGGGGAGACAGAGUGCUCAGAGGUGCCUCUGUCAUCAUACCUCUGUCUGUCAUGGUUUCAACAUUCGGAUCCACCAAUGGGACGGCUUAUGCUGGUGGAAGGUCAGUCUUCGCUGCUGCUCGAGAUGGAAACUUUCCUGAAGUGUUCAGUUUGAUCACUGUCAAACAAAUGACUCCUUUACCCUCCAUGGUCUUCACGAUUUGCUUGGCUAUCGUGUUCGUAUUACUGGGAGAUAUCGCUAGCCUCAUCAACUUCUUCAGCUUCACAGCUUGGCUGUUCUACGGCGCAACUUUCGCCUCUCUUGUCGUCUUCAGAUUCAAAUAUAAAGAUACCCCCAGGCCAUAUAAGGUUCCCAUUAUCAUCCCCAUCAUCAUGAUCCUCUUCUCCAUCUACCUGGUCAUCGCUCCCAUCGUCCAGGACCCGUCCCUUGAGUUCCUCUACGCCGCCAUCUUUGUUGUAGGAGGUCUCGUCUUUUACCUUCCGUUUGUCCACUACAAGCUCAAGCUUCCUUACUUUG